AUGGGUGAGAUUCCAGGGGCCUAUGUUGAGGCUUUUGAUUUCUCGGAGCUAUUGGAUUUGGAUGCGGACUCAGACGAGGAGAUGGAAGGCCUUCGUGAGGGUUUGGCAGCGAUCAAACUCACGAGAGAAACCAAAAUCCGUAUCAGAAAACCGUGGUCCAAUGCAUUGAUUAUUAAACUUUGUGGUAGACCAAUAGGUCUUAGUUUUCUUCAGAGUAAGCUUAACUUAUUGUGGAAACCAGUUGGGUCCUUGGUGUGUGUGGACCUUGGUGAAGAUUUUUACUCAGUCAGGUUCUCUUUGAAAGAAGAUAUGGAUGUUGUGCUCAAAAACGGGCCAUGGUUUAUUGGGGGACAUUUUCUAUCCAUCAGGCCUUGGGAGCCUUUUUUCAAACCAGCGAGUGCGAGUGUUUCGUCUAUUGCAGUAUGGGUUAGGUUGCAUGCUCUACCGUUGGAAUUAUAUGAGCUGGAGGUCCUCAAACAAAUCGGUGAAGCUAUAGGGAGAGUUUUGCGGAUUGAUUCGCAUACUGCCAUGGAGGCCAGAGGAAGGUAUGCUAGGUUAUGUAUUCAGUUAGAUGUUACCAAGCCGCUUAUUAAUACUGUUCUCAUUAGGAGGUUUGAACAGCCCAUGGUCUAUGAAGGGAUACAUAAGCUGUGUUUUUCCUGUGGGAGGAUUGGGCAUAGAUUGGAGGCUUGCCCGCUAACUAUUAAGAAACCAGAGCCACCGGUCGAGGGUGGUCCGGUGAGUGCUGGAGAGAAUACGCAUGUUGUGCAUGACUCGUACUGCUCUGGCACAGGUAGUGGAACGAAUAAGGACAGUAUAGCUGGCAGAGAGGAGGACGGGUACGGACCUUGGAUGCUUGUGGCACGUAGGAAAGCUGGGCAGAAGAAAACAAAUAAUGCCGUUACUCCUGAGAAUCAUUCCAAGCAUGGGCUGGGCCGAGAGGAUCAUGGGCUUAUGCAAGAUACAAAGGGCGGUAAUAGGCUUUGGAAUAAUUCUAAUGUUGGAGCUGACUCUGUUGGGCCUGGGAGGGUGGGCCGUGAACCAAACUUUGGCUUCAAAAGGCUUGACAAACCAGUAGAUGUUCGGUCCAGCCCUUCAGUUAAGGGGAAGAGAGCGUUAGCCAGGAGUAGAGCUGCUGUGGGGUAUUCUAAGGAGGUAACAGGGGCAAUGGGAAAUUUUUCUCCAAAUACAACGGGGGUGUGGGUCUUACGGAGUAUAAAUGGUGGAGGUGAGUGUGCCGGUGAGCCUUACCAAUUCUCAGCAAGCGGUGGAGAUGAUUUGGGUAAGCUGGAUCAUCGAUAUGAGUGUGGAGGCUCUGUAGAUGGGUCAGGUGGUGAUCGUCAUGAGGUCAGGGGUCGAGGUGCGAUGGAUCGGAGCAAUGAAAUUGCUUGCGACGGAGGUCAGUGUAAGAAGGACAUUGCUGUUGGCCACGGGUACAGGGGUGCGAAAGCCCAAGUCAACUCCAACCUUCAACAGCCGAGCAAUGGUGAGGGAGAUGAGCUUGGGUGUUUGGGGUCAAACUUUGAAGCUGUGGCUACGGAAGGCAAACACAAUGGUAAUGAAGGAAUGGUUGAGAUGGAUGUUGAGGAGGGCAGCAGAGAUGUUGGCCUUUCCAGUUAA